AUGUCAGRUUACUUCUUUGAAGUGAUUAUCAUGGAAUUUGUUCAGCAGCAGGUCCACCCCAACCUUUCAGCCAAGGAAGACUCCCUUUAUUAUAUCGAGGAGUUGAUACUUCAGCUGCUAAACAAACUAUGCAUUGCUCAGCCACGGACUGUCCAAGAUGUAGAGGAACGUGUUCAAAAGACGUUUCCUCAUCCAAUAGACAAGUGGGCGAUUGCUGAUGCACAGUCUGCCAUAGAGAAACGGAAAAGAAGAAACCCCCUCCUGCUGCCUGUGGACAAGAUACAUCCUUUAUUAAAGGAGGUCCUAGGUUAUAAAGUAGAUUACCAUGUCUCGCUGUAUAUUGUGGCUGUCUUAGAAUACAUCUCAGCUGACAUUUUAAAGCUGGCUGGAAAUUAUGUUUUCAAUAUACGACACUUUGAGAUCUCCCAGCAAGACAUAAAAGUAUCAAUGUGUGCUGAUAAGGUUUUAAUGGAUAUGUUUGAUCAGGAUGACAUUGGUUUGGUUUCUCUCUGUGAAGAUGAACCUUCUUCUUCUGGGGAACUCAACUACUAUGACCUAGUGAGAAACGAAAUUGCAGAAGAAAGACAAUAUCUGCGGGAGUUGAAUCUGAUCAUAAAAGUAUUUCGGGAAGCUUUCUUAUCUAACAGAAAGCUGUUCACACCAAAUGAUAUCGAGGUGAUAUUUAGCAACAUUUCAGAUAUUCAUGAGUUGACUGUGAAGCUUUUGGGACUGAUUGAGGAUACUGUUGAAAUGACUGACGAAAGUAGCCCUCAUCCUUUGGCUGGCAGCUGCUUUGAAGAUCUUGCAGAAGAGCAAGCCUUUGAUCCUUACGAAACCUUGUCCCAGGAUAUUCUCUCCCCACAGUUUCAUGAGCAUUUUAAUAACUUGAUGGCCAAACCUGCUGUUGCGCUCCACUUCCAGUCUACUGCUGAAGGGUUUAAAGAAGCUGUGCGAUACGUCCUCCCACGCCUCAUGCUCAUCCCGGUCUAUCAUUGUUUGCACUACUUUGAGUUACUACAGCAACUGCAGGAAUGCAGCGAGGAUGAGGAGGAUCGGGAGUGCUUGAAGCAGGCCAUCACUGCCCUGCUGAACCUGCAGUGCAGCAUGGAGCGCAUUUACAGCAAACACUCGCCGAGGCGGCGCCCGGGGGAGCCAGUCUGUCGCUUCUAUAACCGCCAGAUAAGAAGCAAGCAUCUGGCCAUCAAGAAAAUGAAUGAAAUCCAGAAAAAUAUAGAUGGCUGGGAAGGCAAGGAUAUCGGGCAGUGUUGUAACGAGUUCAUAAUGGAAGGUGCCUUGACAAAAAUAGGAGCCAAACACGAGCGCCACAUCUUUCUCUUCGACGGUUUAAUGAUCAGCUGCAAAACCAAUCACGGCCAGUCCCGGCUUCCCGGUUACAGCAACGCGGAGUACAGACUUAAGGAAAAAAUCACCAUGAGGAAAAUCCAGGUUAUUGACAGAGACGACACGUCCGAGUAUAAGCAUGCUUUUGAGCUCGUUUCGAAGGACGAGAACAGCAUGCUGUUUGCUGCCAAGUCCGCUGAGGAGAAGAGCACCUGGAUGGCCGCGCUCAUCUCGCUGCAGUACCGCAGCACGCUGGACAGGAUGCUCGAYGCGGUGCUGCUGCAGGAGGAGAACGAGCAGCCCCUGCGGCUGCCCAGCCCCAGUGCCUACCGCUUCGUAGUGGAGGACUCCGAGGAGAACAUCGUCUUUGAGGACAACUUGCAGAGCAGGAAUGGAAUCCCCAUCAUCAAAGGAGGGACUGUUGUGAAGUUAAUCGAAAGGUUAACGUACCAUAUGUAUGCAGACCCUAAUUUUGUUCGGACUUUCCUUACCACCUACCGCUCCUUCUGCAAGCCCCAGGAGCUGCUAAGCCUGCUGAUYGAGAGGUUUGAAAUCCCCGAGCCUGAGCCCACGGAAGCAGACAGGCAGGCGAUCGAGAAAGGGGAGCAGCCCAUCAGCGCCGACCUGAAGCGGUUCCGCAAGGAAUAUGUCCAGCCAGUCCAGCUCAGAAUAUUGAAUGUUUUUCGGCACUGGGUGGAGCACCAUUUUUAUGAUUUUGAAAGAGAUCUGGAGUUGCUGGAGAGGUUGGAGACGUUCAUUUCCAGUGUGAGAGGAAAAUCCAUGAAGAAGUGGGUGGAAUCRAUUGCUAAAAUCAUCAAGAGAAAGAAAGCUCAAGCGAACGGCGUUAGCCACAACAUCACGUUCGAGAGCCCCCCGCCGCCYGUGGAGUGGCACAUCUGGCGCCUCGGGCACCCCGAGACCCUGGACCUCAUGACGCUUCAUCCCAUAGAAAUCGCCCGGCAGCUGACGCUUCUCGAGUCCGACCUGUAUAGGGCAGUGCAGCCUUCUGAACUUGUUGGUAGCGUUUGGACUAAAGAAGAUAAGGAAAUUAACUCGCCCAAUCUAUUGAAAAUGAUUCGUCACACUACGAAUCUCACUCUGUGGUUUGAAAAGUGCAUUGUGGAAACAGAGAACUUUGAAGAGCGAGUGGCUGUGCUGAGUAGAAUUAUAGAAAUCCUGCAGGUUUUUCAAGAUCUGAACAAUUUCAAUGGUGUUUUGGAGAUAGUCAGUGCCAUGAACUCUGUAUCAGUGUACAGACUAGACCACACAUUUGAGGCACUACAAGAAAGAAAAAAAAGAGUCUUGGAUGAAGCAGUAGAACUAAGUCAAGAUCACUUUAAAAAAUACCUAGCUAAGCUUAAGUCAAUUAAUCCACCCUGUGUGCCUUUCUUCGGAAUAUAUCUAACAAAUAUUUUGAAGACAGAAGAAGGGAAUCCUGACUUCCUUAAAAGACAAGGGAAAGAACUAAUUAACUUCAGUAAGAGGAGAAAAGUAGCUGAAAUUACAGGAGAAAUUCAGCAGUAUCAAAACCAGCCUUACUGUUUACGGAUCGAGCCAGAGAUUCGGAAAUUCUUUGAAAAUCUCAAUCCUAUGGGGAAGAUACCGGAAAAAGAGUUUACAGAUUAUUUGUUUAAUAAGUCUCUAGAAAUUGAACCUCGAAACUGCAAGCAACCACCUAGAUUUCCUAGGAAAACAACAUACCCCUUAAAAUCUCCUGGGAUAAGGCCCAACRCGGGCAGGCAUGGCUCCACCUCGGGCACUUUGCGAAGUCACCCUCUGCCCCUCGAGAAGGAACCCAGUAAGAUAAGUUUCAGCAGAAUAACCGAGGCAGAGAAUGAAUCAACAGCUUCAGCACCAACUUCUCCAAAUACGCCGUCUACCCCGCCGGUGUCUGCGUCGUCGGAGUUCAGUGUGUUUUUGGACAUUGAUCUCAACAGUUCCUUUGGUAAUAACAGCAUCUUUGCGCCUGUCAGUCUGCCACAGUCGAAGUCCUUCUUCAGCUCGUGGGGGAGCUUCCCUAAGCUAAGCGAUGAGCCUCAGAACCCUCCUCCGCUUCCGCCACGAAAGAAGGUGGAUCAGGACGCUUCGAAUGCCAAGGUAGCUUUGUGCUGUACCGGAUAA